AUGCGAAAUAGCGGGGACUACCAGUUUAGUUUUAGUGGUAUCAAAACCUCGGUUCGUUAUUUUGUUGAGAAAGCACAGCGUGCAGGCGUACUGGUGGAAAACGGACAAGAGGAUGCUAAGGACGCGAACCCUGAUACGGUAACCGUUGAAGAUAUCGCUGCCAGUUUUCAAGCUGCCGUUGUUGAUGUUCUCGUUUACAAAUCAAUCUGUGCUGCGAAGUCCACCGGUGCCAAAACAAUAACGUUGACAGGUGGGGUUGCCGCAAAUAGCCAACUUCGCGCUUCGCUGAAAACCGCCGCCACGGAAAUCGGUGCCGAACUCUACUAUCCACCGAUGAAUUUAUGUACAGAUAACGGCGUAAUGAUUGCCGGUAUUGCUUACCAGAAGUAUCAGCAAGGACUUCGAGACAGUCUCUCUCUGAAUGCCGCUGCAAACGGCUCUAUCGUGGAUGUCUAA